UGGUUACAUGUAGGGCAUAGCCAAUCAGAGGCCGGGUGUUGCUUCCGGUGGAUGGGGAUCCGUGUUUUGAUGAGUGUCCGGUAGAAGAGCCGUGACCGUCCCGGGACCAUGAGGAGAGUCACUCUGUUCGUUACCGGAAGCUCCACCAACGGGAAGGUGGUUCCGGUGUUCGGUUCCCUGGAGGACCUCCUGACCGCGGCCAGCUCCAAGCUGCGGGUUCGAGCCUCCGGCCUUUAUAACGGCAGCGGCGGCCUCAUCGAUGACGUCACUCUCAUCAGAGAUGAUGACGUGUUGUACAUAUCAGAGGCAGACUCAUCUGAAGAUCCUCAGGAUGAACGUUCUGAUUGGCUCACCCUGAAUGUGGGCGGGCGCUGCUUCACCACCACCAGGAGCACACUGGUCAGGAAGGAGCCUGAGAGCAUGUUGGCUCACAUGUUCAGAGAGAAAGACGGCUGGGGGAACAGGCAGGACUCUCAGGGGGCCUACCUGAUCGACCGCAGCCCAGACUACUUUGAGCCCAUCCUGAAUUAUCUGAGACACGGACAGCUCAUCCUCAACGACGGGAUCAACCCACUGGGCGUCCUGGAAGAGGCUCGUUUCUUUGGUAUUGAGCCGCUCGCCGAGCAGCUGGAGACGCUCAUCAAGUCCUCGCAGCCGCCUGACGACCACUCACCUCUGACCCGCAAAGAGUUUAUUAGAUUCCUGUUGGGCACGACCACCAAGUCCGAGCUGCGGUGUCAGGGUCUGAACUUCACCGGUGCAGAUCUGUCUCGACUGGAUCUGCGCUGCAUCAACUUCAAGAUGGCCAACCUGAGAGGAGCCAACCUGACGCACGCCAACCUGAGCGGGGCCAACCUGGAGAGAGCGGACCUGUCCAUGGCGUGUCUCGACGGAGCUAACCUGCAGGGAGUGAAGAUGCUCUGCACCAACGCUGAGGGAGCGUCACUGAGAAGUUGUAACUUUGAGGAUCCAGCUGGAAUCAAAGCGAAUCUGGAAGGAGCCAACCUGAAGGGUGUGGACAUGGAGGGGAGUCAGAUGACGGGGAUCAACCUGAGAGUUGCUACACUGAAAAACGCCAAACUGAAGAACUGCAACCUGAGAGGAGCGACACUGGCAGGGACGGACCUGGAGAACUGUGACCUGUCGGGAUGUGACCUCCAGGAGGCGAACCUGAGAGGCUCCAACGUGAAGGGAGCCAUCUUUGAGGAGAUGCUCACGCCGCUGCACAUGUCUCAGAGCGUCCGCUGAAGCUCCGCCCCCUUCCAAAGUCCUGGUGAACGCUUCACAUCCCAACACACGCCCCCCCCACACAGCCAUGGAGCCAUUUGAACUAGAGAAUGUUUCCUGGUCCACACGUAAAGACACGCUGUUCAUGAACUAUUUCAUAUUGUACUCAGGCUUCAAGUAACUGUGUUUUAUCUGUUAGUCAUCUGUAAGUAAACAAGUUGUUGUUUAUUAGAAAAAUUUCCCAAAACCCUGUGAAAAGUAAAAAGACGUUCCCAAAUCGAGAUGACAGCUCAAAACAUCCAUGAGGCAUGUGAAGAGUCGUGGACUCGAUUCUGAGAGACUGAAGUUUAAAGUCAUCAUUUAUCAGAACCCCCCCCCCCCCCCCCGCUCAUCAUGACGACCAGUGAAAACCAAACUUUGUAUUUUGCUCUGAACCAAACAAACAAGUAUUAACAUAGAUUUAACAGCUGAGAUUUUCUACACAUUUUUAGAAGCAGAGGUUUAAAAUAUUGUCAUUUAUCUUUAAGUGAUUUCUUUAUUGAGCAGUUCCGUGGAGCUUUUGAAUGUAGUUUCUAAAAGUGAACACUUUAAAGUUUGUAUUUAUUUAAAUUCAAAGUGAUCAUGUCCCUCAGUUGUCUGACGGCUCCAGUGUCACCAGCCCCGAGGACCAAAGUGUCUCAAAACCUCCUUUUAUUUAGGUUCCUUCAUUCUGAUUGGUUUCUGGUCUAAAUGGAUUGUGAUGGAAUGAAAGUUCAUCACAUAAACAUUGCACGUCUAUAUAUAUAUAUAUCAUACUAUAUAAAAUUCUGUGAAGAGUUGUACGUAUUUGUGACUGAGCUGAAACAUUUCAUUCCAUUAAGCAGCUGUUGGAGUUCUGAACCAACAGAAACAUGUAUAUUUUAUCACGUGCAGAUCUACUGAUGUUUGUAAAAUGUUUUAUACGUUACUUUGCACGUUUGCUGUAAACUGGUGUGAAGUGUGAAAGCACAGAGAUUCAUCAGCAGGAUCAUUAAUAAAUGUUUUUCUUACAACUUC